GAGGGGCGACCCAGGCAGGAGGCAGAGGCGCGGCCAAGUUAGUGCGCAGGCGCGUGGUCGCGGCUGCAGGCCUGGAGCGACGGCAGCAGAAGUGUAGCCAGGGCAGAGAACCAGUGCAGACCCAGGCUCUGGGUGGAUGGAGAGAGUUCGGGCUCCGACGCGGUGAGCAAGCCCAAGGUUAUCAGGUUCCUGCAAGUUAUCCGGGGCCCCCGUCCGGAUUCCAGGCUAAACAUGGUGGUGAUGAGUAGCCUGAGGGUCAUUCUUCAAGCCUCUCCCUGCAAGUCACUGUGGAGAAGAUUCCAGACCCCCAGGUUCGUGCCAGCGAGGCCCUGCAGCCUCUACACCUGCACAUACAAAAGCCGGAACCGAGCCCUGCACCCGCUGUGGGAGACCGUGGACCUGGUCCCGGGGGGCGGGCGCCAGUCGCCCAUCAACAUCCGCUGGAGGGACAGCGUCUAUGAUCCUGGCUUAAAACCGCUCACCAUCUCUUACGACCCGACCACCUGCCUCCACAUCUGGAAUAACGGGUACUCUUUCCUGGUGGAAUUUGAAGAUUCUACAGAUAAGUCAGAGGAAGUGAAGCUCCCUGAAGUUCACUGCUUUCCUGCCAGGUCACAGCUGACUGCUGGAGAACUGAUGGAAAAUCAGCAGACCACACUCUGUGCAGGGCCUCUGAGUUCCUGGAGACUUCAGCAGGUGUCGACCUCCUGCAAGCUCUGGAGCUGCACAUCACGAAGAGCUACAGAAAUUCGUGGAUACUGUGCCGUCAGUUAAGCAUAAGGAUACCCUUGUGGAAUUUGGGUCAUUUGAUCCUUCCUGCCUGAUGCCUGCCUGCCCAGAUUACUGGACCUACUCGGGGUCCCUGACUACGCCCCCGCUCUCCGAGUCCGUCACCUGGAUCAUUAAGAAGCAGCCUGUAGAGGUUGAUCACGAUCAGGUAUGUUCUUUCCACAUUUCUUUCUGAGGGAACGCUAGCCUGCCCCUUUAAAGCAAGGCUGGGCUCCAACUUUGGCAUCAGUUUUUAAGAUCUCGUGAUGCUAAUACAUGUUUAUUGAGAUGUGCGAACAUCUUUUCUCAGUUUGGACAUCAAUUUGGAGAUACUUCAAAUUAACCAGAGACAGGCGUUGAAACCUAGAAGAACAGGGCGCCUGGGUGG